AUGGAUUCAGAGAUAUCUUGCACCCAAAAGCGCUUCUACAGCACUUCCUCUCCAUGGGAGGCCAAGAUCGGCUACUAUCGCGCAGUUCGACAUGGUCGUCAUAUCUUCGUUUCUGGCUCGACCGCCGCGGACCCGAACUCUCCGCCAGAAGCACCCCGAGUCCGUUUCCCAGGAGAUGCGCGUCAACAAGCGCGAGUCACCUUGGAAGAGAUCGUUCAAGCCAUUCAAGCGGUCGGUGGCCGAGGAGCAGAGAGCGUCGUGCGGUGCCGGAUGUUUGUUGGCAGGAAAGAGGAUUGCGGAGUGGUUGGGGAGGCGUUCCGGGAGGUUCUGGGAAAGCACAACGGCGGCCAAGUUGGCGCCGCCGCAACGAUGAUUGUGGUGGCCAAUAGUUUUGUUGACGAUGAUAUGCUAGUUGAGAUUGAGGUGGAUGCCAUUGCGGAGGAAGAUUAG